AUGAAAUGCUUGUCAGCUUCGUGUGCACUUGCUGCCGCUGCUGGGGUCUUGACUCAUCUCCUAUAUUUUAUCCGCGGCGAGCAUCACAAAAAUGCACAUCUAUGGAUUCCCCGAGCACUUGCAGCAAUUGGUCUGCUUGCCGUUGUGGUCUUCCAGUUGACGCAUUAUCGACUGAUCUUCACGGUCAUCACGACAAUUGUCCUCAGCACUUGUUAUUUUGCUGGCCUUUACCUCAGCAUAGGGCUGUACCGCGGCCUUUUCCACCCAUUACGAAGGUUCCCAGGCCCGUACUGGGCACGAUUGUCGAAUCUCUAUCACUCGUAUCUGAUUCGGAAUUCCGACAAUUAUCUGGUUAUUCAGAAGUUACAUGAGCGAUAUGGGCCGAUUGUCCGGACAGGUCCCGGUAACUUGUCCAUCAACGAUCCAGCGGCAAUACCGAUCGUUCUGAGCAACGAAUCAAAGUGUAUCAAGAGCCCAUGGUACGAUCGAUCUCUGCCACUAGUGAACUUACAUACCGUUCGAAGCAAAACUGUGCACGAUGCUCGCAGGAAAGUCUUCUCAAAGGCGUUUUCUCCCUCGGCGUUGCGAGACUAUGAAGAAAGAGUGGUCGUGCACUGCGAGGAGUUUGUAAGGCAGAUGAAGCGCCUGGCAGGAAGACCAGUCGACGUUUCUCAGUGGUUCAAAUACUUUGCAUUCGAUGUCAUGGGUGACCUCGGCCUUGGAAAAGAGUUCCACAUGAUGACUUCGCCGACAAAUCGCUGGAUCCCCGAGCUUCUCGAGACCAGCAUGGCAGACGUCGGCCCAACAACGCCUGUCCCCUGGCUUGCGCCGAUCCUACACAGACUGCCUCGCGCAGGGCACGGUGCGAGGGCUUGGUUGGACUUUGUUGGAUCGCAGGUUAAAGAGAGGACGCAAAAAACGUCAGCCAGGAAUGAUAUUCUGUCGCAUCUUGUGGAUGUUUAUGACCGCACUGAGAAGAGAGAUAUCGACUAUCAGUGGUUGCGUGGCGACACCAGACUUACCAUCGUAGGCGGCUCUGAUACGACAGCUGCAACGCUGACUUUUCUCUUCCAUUAUUUGGCCAAAGAUCCAAAACAAGUGCAGAAGCUGCGUAGUGAGCUGGAGCCGUUGCUGAGAGGCAAGCCCCAUUUGGAUUCAAAGGACGUGUCCAAGGCCCACCAUCUCAACGGAGUAAUCCACGAAGCCCUACGUCUGCACCCGGCUAUUCCUUCUGGCUUUCCACGCGUUACUCCGCCAGAAGGUAUUACCAUCAACGAGGUCUCUAUCCCCGGAGGAACCACCGUCGUCCUUCCGCCAUAUGCAAUGCAGCACGACGAGCUCAACUAUGUCUUGGCAGACGAGUUUAUUCCAGAGCGCUGGUAUUCGAAACCGGAGUUGAUCAAGAACCCUGAAGCUUUCUUGACAUGGAAUAUUGGAAUGAACGGGUGCAUUGGGAGAGCCCUAGCGAUUAUGGAGAUGCGCGACUUGAUCACCUAUUUCAUCCACGCCUUCGAGGGUGUCAAGUUCGCGCCUGGUGAGGAUGGCAGGGCGCUGCUGGAAGGGACUCUGGAUCAUUUCACAUGUGUGGGUAGCGUUGGAGAGAGUUGUCAAUACUGCAAGACACUGAAUAUACCGUGCGAGUUCAAUCCGAACGGUAGGAAACGGCCAUUUUAUAGGGUUUCCAGCGAUGUCUUCGAUCAUUCCAUCAAACUGCUUCGCCGCUUCGUGUCGGAAGAGGAGCUGCCUGACUUGACAGUGGAAAACAUCCAGAGAGUCCUGGCCAAUGCGGAAAUGCGCUCCAAACCCCUUGUAACAGAGACACCUUCAACAGAAGUUGAACGUAAUGGGGCUGAUGAUCCUCAGCCUGCUGCUGGCGAGAUCCAAGAGGUUGUGGAGAGGGAUGAACAUCCACUCCUGCAAGAAGACUUGGGAUCCAUGAUCCUGGAUUCCCUUGGCAAAUAUCGUUACGUUGGCGCAGAGUCGUCGAUUCGUUGGAACCAUGCUGCUCGAAUGGCAUGCGCGAGCUCCUCAAUCCAUCUGGACCCGAAGGUCGUAUCACCAUUGAAAACAGGGUUGCUACCGCCCUUGACGCCAGAGAGCACAAGCACCGCCCGGACUGCUGCAGAGAUCUACUUCCCGUGUCGCCAGCUCUGUAUACACUAUGUGACACGCUUCUUUGAGCAUAUCCAUUGCCUGUACUGGUUCUACUCGCCCGAACAAUUUUAUCCGCUCCUUGAGGCUACCUUGAAUGAUCGGGGGACGACAGCAACAGCAUCGUGGCUGUGUUCGCUAUAUUCAAUAUUUGCUCUAGGGAGUAUGCGAUCGGGUAAAUAUGCUGUAGGAUUUGGCACGGCAACAACACCUCAGGAUUGCAAGCAGACAGCAGAUUAUCUCGCCAUGGCAAAGGGCCAGUCAUCCGCCGCUGCGGACGAAGCCGAUCUCGAGACCAUCAAGGCUUUCGGACUGUUGGGCUUAGCAAUGCAUGGCUCGUGUUACAGUAUGGCUGCAUACCUCAACGUGGGAGCGGCGGUCAAGAUUGCUUUCUCACUCGGACUGCAUAGAGACAUGUGCUCGAGGACAAAGGAUCUGAUCGAAAGGGAGAGAUGCAGACGGUUAUGGUGGACAAUCUACACCCUGGACCAUGAAAUCUCAAUUCGUCUGGGCUAUCCGUGCGCGAUCGUUGACGAGGCGAUUUUCAUGAAUAUCCCACCAGCGUCUGAACAGGUGUUAGACCCGGGCCCCAAUAUGCCUCUGGGUUAUCAGGCUCUGUUUGUGAGCCUGGUGAAGGUGAGAAAGAAGAUCAGUUACGACUGCUUCCUUGAACCGGCACAAGCUGGCGGCCGGUUACCGAUAAGCCGCGUGUUCAACAGUUUAGCCCGUCAGCGGAGGUGGUUGGAGGGCGUCCCUUCAUAUCUCCACUGGAAGUCUUCUCUUCCGCCCCAACAUCGACGAGCGGUCGCAGUGCUACACCUGCGGUACUGGAUCUCGGUCAUCUUCAUCACGCGGCCUUUCCUGCUGUUCCUGGUCGCGAAGCCUUCCCAGAUCACGGUGCCCGCGAAACGAAAAUGCUAUGAGGAGUUGAGUGCCAGGUGCAUCCAGGCAGCCGAGAGGGCUGUGGAAGUCCUGAAGCACAUGAAAGAGGCCGACGUCUUGUCGAGCAUGACCCUCUUUGACUGUCACUCCAUCGGAGAGGUGAUGUGGAUCCUGAUACUUGCAUUCCAGAAACUAGGCAGCGCCGAGCAUCAACAGAUCAUCAGGUUUUGUCUGGAAACUCUCAAGAGCAUGGAUCAAGUGGGUUGGUGUGGCAAAGUCUUGCCCGAUUUAGAAGCACGGGUCCAAGAGAGCGGUGCCCUGGACAAUCCGGCACCCAUUCUGACAUACUCACACCAGACACUUGCUACAGAACAAAUGCCUCCCCAAAACGAUCAAAGGGCCAGCAGCGUCGACGCCAGCAUAACGAUGCAGACUUCCCCUCCGCCGCCACCCUCUCAAGCCCUGGAAGAGUCGCUUGAUUUCUUUGACUUUGGCUCUCAAUUUAGCGCCUAUGAAAUGUUUGACCUUGAUUGUCAUUCAGACUUGCUGGGUGUGUUCGACGAUACGACUUCAACAGCCCCUAUCUCCAUGUUCGGCAUGCCCCCGGUGUAG